UACAGAAUUCCAGUAAUAGUACAGUACUGUACGGGUUCGGUUCGGUUCAAAGUCGGACAGUGAGUGAGCGGUCCGUUCUGUGCCAGUAUACAUUGUUUUCCUCAGUUAUAUUUCGUAAGUCGAUGGAUGCACGUCUUCGAAUUAUUGCACGGAAUACCAUGCAAUACCACGACUGGAAACGAUGUUGAGGAGUCUACAAAGAGAGAUUCCAUAAUAGACAUGUAUCAAGCAGUUUUGCCCGGAGCAAUGUGAUAUACAUCCACCACGUGCAAUUAUAUGUGCAUUAUCGUUCGUUAUAAUUAAAGUGAUCCAAGUCGUAAUGGCCGUAUCGAUUUAUUUAUUGGCUGCUAUCGCAGCUGUAGGAAUCGUCGAUGGUUUGGAAGGGCCGAACAUAUGCAUUAGACAAGAAACGUAUAAGGUGACAGUGAGGGUAUCGGAGCAGAAACCUUACACUGUCCGCGAGGAGACGUGGUGCUUCAGUUUUCCGCCACGAUGCUCCAAAUACAAGACGGUGUACAAAACGGUGUACAAAGAAGAGGUCCACCCUAAGCAGAGACCGGUGGAAGAGUGUUGCAAAGGCUACGCAGAGACUAUAGACGGCAAACGUUGCAUUCCCAUCUGCUCCGACAAUUGCGUUCACGGCACUUGUAUCGCGCCCGACGUCUGCAAAUGCGAGCCGGGAUACGGAGGGCCAUUGUGCGAUUACAAAUGUCCGUUGGGAAAAUGGGGAAAGUCUUGCGAGAUGGAGUGCAGGUGCGAGAACAACUCCACGUGCGACCCGUUCGACGGCAAAUGUUUGUGCGCGAGGGGCUGGACCGGUAAAUAUUGCGAGAAGGAGUGUCCUCCGGAUCGGUACGGACAAGAUUGCGGCGAGGAAUGUCGUUGCAGAAACGGUGGGAGCUGCCAUCAUAUUUCUGGCGAGUGCCAUUGCGCUCCUGGCUACACGGGUCCGCUCUGCGACGAUCUGUGCCCACCGGGCAAACACGGCGACGAAUGCAAAUCGGAGUGCAAGUGUCAAAAUGGUGGCACUUGUAAUCCGACGAACGGCAAGUGUUACUGUACACCCGGAUGGACCGGCUUGGUCUGCGCGAGCCGUUGUCCGGAAGGACUCUGGGGUAAAAACUGUCUCCAGGAGUGCGACUGUUACAACGAAGGUGGCUGCCACCACGUUACUGGCGAUUGCGAAUGUAAACCUGGCUACUUUGGCGAGAAGUGUUUGAACGCGUGCGCCAAAGGAACGUACGGCGCGAAUUGUACAAAGACUUGCAAUUGCGCCAACAACGCAGUUUGCUCUCCGAUCGAUGGAAAUUGUUCUUGCAGCGACGGUUGGUCGGGUGAGAAAUGCGAUAAACGUGCUUGCGACGACGACAUGUUUGGACCCAACUGUUCCAAGCCUUGCGUGUGCGAGACCGACAAGACGGAAAUGUGCCAUCCGUGGACCGGCAAAUGUAUCUGCAAAUCUGGCUGGGCGGGCGAAAUUUGUGACAGACCUUGUCCAAUGUAUACUUACGGGGACGGCUGUAAAGAGCGUUGCACUUGCGCGAACAACGCGCAAUGCUCGCCUGUGAACGGAACCUGUAUCUGCGCUGCCGGAUACAGAGGUGAGAAUUGUAGAGAAGUAUGUCCCGAGAACACGUACGGCGAGAAUUGUGCACAAAAGUGCGUAUGCAAGAACGGUGCCACGUGCUCACCCGAGAACGGCAAGUGCAACUGUACGGCAGGAUGGGCCGGUAUCUCGUGCGAUCGCCCCUGCGACGACAACAAGUUCGGCACAGACUGCGAGGGAGACUGCAAAUGCUUGAACAAUGCAGCCUGCAAUCCGCAAAACGGCACAUGCACGUGUGCGCCCGGGUUCACCGGCGAACUUUGCGAAAACACUUGCGAGAAGGGAUAUUUCGGUCUGGGAUGUCGCCAGUCUUGCGAUUGCGAGGAAAUCAGUAGUUUGGGCUGCGAUCCCAUCACCGGUCGUUGUAUCUGUACGCCGGAAUGGCGAGGGAUCCGUUGCGAGACGAAAUGUCCGGAUGGUCUUUACGGUGAAGACUGCCAUUCGCAUUGCGAAUGUAUGAAUAAUAGUUCAUGCGAUCCGGAAACAGGCGCUUGCAUCUGCGCCAGAGGCUGGAAGGGUCCCAACUGCACCGAGCCCUGUAACGAAGGGUGGUAUGGUGUGGGAUGUAAGGAAGAGUGCCCAGAAAAUAUGCAAGAGAACAUGACGUGCGAUCACAUCACUGGCCAGUACAUCUGCCGGCCUGGAUACUUGGGCUUGACUUGCGAGCAUCCCUGUCCACCCGGUCGUUACGGAUUAAACUGUGCUAAUCACUGCGAAUGCAAACACGGUGGAGAAUGUCACCACGUGACGGGUGCGUGUCAGUGCCGACCUGGUUGGUACGGUGAAUACUGUCAAACGCCGUGUCCGGAAGGGAGGUACGGAAUGAAUUGCAGUCAGCAGUGCACGUGUCAGAACGGAGGGAAAUGCUCGUCUCACAACGGUCACUGCCGUUGCGCGCGUGGCUGGAUGGGCACUAAAUGUACCGAGAUCUGCCCGGAAGGAUAUUACGGUGAUCACUGUAUGGAAAUAUGCGAGUGCAAGAACGAGUAUUACGUUUGCCAUUCUGCGUAUGGUUGUUCCUGCAGGCACGGAUACGGAGGCCCGAACUGUGACGAGGAACUAUUUCUGCGUAAUACUCAAGAGAAGGCCAGCUACGGCAGUAUAGUAGUAGGGUUCUUAUUCGCUGCGAUCGCGGUCGCUGCGAUGACCUUCGCCGGUUGGCUGUAUCAUCGACGCAGAGUGGCGAACUUGAAGAAUGAGAUCGCACAGGUACAGUACAUAGCCGAGCCCACUUCUCCCCAAGAACAGACACAAUUCGAUAAUCCGGUGUACGCCUUCCAAGGCUGCUCCAAGUUCGACGACGGAACCACCACGUUGUUGAACAACUUCCAGUUUAAGAACAAUCUUGGAACUAACAAGAAGCUGAACAACGAGAAGGCAAGGCUCGGAACGAGUUGCACGGACGACGAAGACGAUUGCAAAGGGAGCUACGGUAGAUACGAUCUGAAGAACAAGGACGCGGAUAUGGCUAAUCCGAACCUGAACGUGUAUCACAGCAUCGACGAAAUGGACGGGAAGAAGAUCGAACACGUUUACGAUGAAAUCAAGCAGAACAACGAGGCGGCGGAAUACGAUUUGGACAAUUCGAGACCGGCUAGCGCUUACAACAAGUACAGUCGAAUGCCUAACAGUUUCCCUAAAUCAUCGUCGUCGGAAAUCGAUCCGGGACCUAGUACCGUGAGAGAUCCGAAGGAUCCAGAGUUGGGCGAGCCCUAAGUCGAAGCUCGUGGAAAGGCUUGAAAUCCAGGUACAAAUCGAAAUGUCGAACAUGUCUUACUGCGUGGAUAACACACACAAGUUUUCCAAAUCAUACUCCUUUCGUGAUCGCGAUGGCGUACGUGUAUCGAUAUAUAGUUCUCGCGUUCCAUGUCAGGCUGAUCACUGUCAUCACAGAUACAAGUAUAUGAAUGUCGAUUGCUCAGUAUAGACGUGUAUAUACAUGGUCGAACAAUAACGGUGCAGAGAAUAGAUGAGUGGAUAUUUUGUUUACAGUGUAUGCGUAUUCGUCUAUCCUACUGUGUGUGUGUGUGUGUGUGUGUGUGUGUGUGUGUGUGUGUCCGACUGUGUUUUUUCGUAGUGCGUUUAGCGAAAACGGUGCAACGAUUUCAUCCAAGCAAACGGCCGACUGAAGACGAUCGUAUACGUGAAAACGAUCGAGAGAACAAUUUAGUGUAGAGCGGUCCGAAAAGAGCUAGAAAAAAGGGCUGCAAAGAAUAUGUUUGCGAUACUCGCAGAAAUUGUACAAGAGUUAUAUAACAAUUUUUAACGAAAGAAGAUGACUCGAGAGUGCCUUGUAAGGUUGAGAGGUGUCGCCGGAUUUCAAUCAUUUUGUUUAUCUUUGAAAGCAAAACGUGAAAGGAAAACUGCUGCUGCUGCUGCUGCUGCUCCUGAACGGGAACACGGUAGAUCUGUUAUAACAGAGAUCGCUGUACUCGAUAUGUCGGAGGGAACAAGUUAACGAUCUCCCCGAAUCGAGACUGAUUUAUGGAAUCAGAUCGGUGAACAAGGUACGUUGUUCAAAUUUAGCUGUUGAAUGGUGGGCCAGAAAUUUUUCGACUCUCAAUUGUUACAUGUGGACAAGAGACCAUAGAGAUUCAUAGGAUCAGUGCUCACAGUAUUCGGAUAAUAAAUCGUUGAUAAAAAUUCCAUACUUGUUUUUCACGUCUGUAAUAAAUUCAUCGGUAAGUGAUGUUCAAUACACGUUCACAACACAUACAGCAAUGAUUUUUUGAGAAAGAGAACAAUUUAUUCCGUGUACGUGCAAAACUAUAUUAGUAAGUUAAAAAGUAGUUAUUAUAAUUUUUCCCGCGAUCAUCGUAGCAAUAAAAACACGAUUGGAAGACUCUUCGCCUAUACGUAUAUGACUAUGUAGCCGCGAAUCAUAUAUACAUAUGUACAUACACGUAUAAGUGUAAACACGUGCAACAAAGGAAUAUAUCAGUACUAGCAGAAAAAGAGA